AUGAAGAAACAAAAUCAGUUAUCUAGACUCCGUACAAUUCAAUUAAUUGAAUCAGAAACUGAUAAUAUUUCAGAUAAUAACACAGUUAAAGAAAAAGAGACGAUAGAAAAUUAUGAAAUAAUUGAUCCUUCAAAAAUACAAACUUCAAAUAAACAAAUAUUAUUACCAUUGAUGAACAAAACUAUAACUGUUCAAAAUCCAUUAAAAAUAAUGUCUAAAACUGAAACCACACCACCUAUUUCAAGAACAGGAACAAUUGAAUUAAAAGAAAGUAUUGAAUCAAAUGAAGAAGAUUUUGAAGACAUUGAAACAUUUUAUGAUUGUUAUAUUAAAUUAGAUAUUUGUUUAAUAUAUGGAGUAAUGGUUUUAUGUAAAAAACGUGGGAAUUAUUAUUUAAAUUAUAUACCAAUACAAUUUGUUAAUAAAGAAGUUGGAUUAUUAAAUAUAUUAAUUAACAAAACAAUGACAAAUAAUUUUGAUAGUUAUAAAUAUUCUAUUUGUUUAACAAAUCUAAGUUCAUUUUACCUUUAUGAAAGUUAUGAUUCAAAUGAAAUUUAUAAUUUUAAACCAAUUUCUAAAGAAGAUAUUCCAGAAAUUUAUCCAAAUUUUGAAUUUCAUGGAAAAUAUGCAAAAACUACUGCAAACCAUUUAAUGGAAGAAUUAAAAAAGAUCGAUUCACUUAAAAUUGUUCAAGACAAUAAGAAUGAGAUUAACUUUAUUAUUUUUCAUAUUAAUUUAGAACGUGUUCGUACUGUUUUAUUAGGUACUAUCUCUCCUUGGGAAAGAAUGAGUAGACCUGAUCUUAUUAGACAACGUUCUUCAUUAGUUUUAACAAAACAUAUAGAAGGAAUGAAUGCAUUAUCAAAGAAGACAUUAAAAAUGUUUAUGGAUCCUGAUGGUAGAAUAUCAGAAGAAAAUAUGGACUCGUUAAGAAGGACUGUAUAUUAUAGAGGAUGUGAACCUGAUAUAAGAGAAUUUGCAUGGUUAUUAUGUAUUGGAUAUUAUAAUUAUCGUUCAACAACUAAAGAACGUAAUGAAUUUAAUGAAAAAAUGAAAGCGGAUUAUGAAAAAAUUAAAAAAAUAUGGCAAGAAGCUCUUCCAGAACAAAUUGAAAAUUGGAAGUUUUAUACUUCAACUAAUUCACAAAUAGAUAAAGAUGUUAGAAGAACUGAUAGAAAUGACUCUAAAUUUGUAGAUUUAGAAGGAAAGAAUUGUAAAAUAUUAAAAAAUGUUUUAAUGACAUAUUCUUUUUUUAAUAUGAGAGUUGGAUAUGGUCAAGGGAUGAAUGAUAUAUGUGCGUUAUUAAUGGAUAUUUGUCAUGAAGAAUCAACAUUAUUUUGGAUGUUUAAAUAUGUAAUGGACUUUUUACAACCAUUUUAUUUUUGUAAAGGUGAUAUUAUUAUGAAAGCAUUAAGAAAAAAUGGUUCAAUAUUACGUUUUGUAUGUCCCCAAUUAGCAGAUUAUAUUGAGCAAGCAAACAUUGAUUAUUUCUUUUGUUAUAAGUGGAAUGCAUUAUUAUUUAAAAGGUUCUUUAUAAAUGAAGAUUUGAUAAGAAUUUGGGAUUCAAUUUUUGCUUUUCCAGAAAGACGUUUAUAUUAUUUUAUUUCUAUGUGUAUUAUUAAAGAAUAUUCUGACAUUAUUAUUUCAAAACAAUUUUCAUUAGAUGAAUUGUUCAUAUUUAUUCAAAGUUUAACUAAUAAAAUUCCUGUUGAUAUUAUUUUUGAUGCUGAUGUGUUAUAUCAAGAAUUUCUUAAAACUGCAGAUCCACUUAAUGUUCAGUUUGUAUAUGAAAAAUUUAAUUACAAACAAAUUUAA